GGCAGGCCACCAGAUCCCCCUUCAUCUCCAUAUGAAGAAAGGUAUCCAGCAAAUUGCAUUGCUUGUUGUUCUACUCCCCAAUGCACUCGUAGGACGAUCUUCCCUAGAAGUAUGGCCGCCCUUUGAAGGUCACCUAGAAUUUCUCCAGCCAAGCGCAGAACUCGCAUCAAGCAGAAAUUCUAUAACCACUUACGUGACCCAUCAUGCAUGGAUUCCAGGCAAUUCUAGUACUACGUAUUAUGGUGUAGAGGCUACACUAGACGUUUAUGGGUUUACUUUACAACAUGACCAAAUAACCGAGGGUGGCAUCUGGAUUACCAGCAUAGGAGAUGGCCACCCAAUUCCGGACAAUGGAAUUCAAAUUGGAUGGCACGUUUACCCAGAUUUGCACAAGGAUUCACGCACACAUUUCUACGUAUCGUGGGCCGCUAGCAGAUCACGUAACAAGGGCUGCUUCAACAUGGUUUGCCCUGGUUUUCAAAAGACAUCAUCCAGCAUAGCUCCAGGUGAUGUCAUCAAUCCAGUUUCAAGUAUCAAUGGCACCAAACAGUACAUCACGAUAAGGUUAUUCAAGGAUAAAUCAUCUGGAGACUGGCAUGUACAUUAUGGACUAAAUAGUUCCCCAAAAUCAGUUGGUUACUUUCCGAAAUCCUUGCUUCCUGCAAUGAUAGAUAGACCAGUUCUGCUCAGAUUUGGUGGCUAUGCAGCUCGCAGGAAACCAGCACCAAGUCCUCCAAUGGGCAGUGGGUAUAUUCCAUUCAGCGGCAAAGCUGCAUUGGUGAGUAACCUCAAGCUAAUCGAUGCCAAUGGUAUUGCUCACUUUGUCAACAUCGAUCUGCCAUUCUAUGCAACUAGUCAAAAAUGUUAUCCUUUUUCUUAUAUUAAUUCCGGACGGUUCUUCUAUGGCGGACCUGGUUGUUUUGAUAACUAGGGAUACACCAGAUAUGUAUGUCCAACUGUUAUGAACUAAGAAAUAAAGUUUCAUAUCCUGUACUAAAGGUUCUUUCCUAAGAUUACAAUAGUUGUUAUUAUAUAUUACUGUGAAAAAAGUUGGCCUUCUA